AAAAUGGAGCAAUCACAUUCACAGUACUCAUGCAACAAAAUGAACUAAGAAGAAGGAGGAGAGACCGAGAGAGCCAGCCAGCCAGUUAAGGGUUUUCUGUUUUUCAGCAUUUCUCUAACGCCAUGUCUACGAGAAGCAAACAAUCUCUAGAAAAGAAGUUGCUUUUCCUAUCAAAUGCUCUUCUGUUACUAUCAUUUUGUUUUGCUGGUCAUUCUCGACAUGAAGCCAACUCAUUACUACCGUCUGAUGCAAAAUCGCUUUUAGCAUUCAAAUCCAAAGCCGAUUUGAGGAACAACCUUUUGUUUUCUCAAAACACAAGCUUUCAUUUCUGUCAGUGGCAAGGAGUCAUAUGUUAUCAACAAAAGGUAGUGCGCCUAGUUCUCGAAAACUUAGAUCUUGGUGGCAUUUUCCCUCCCGACUCAUUGUCUAAACUUAACCAGCUCCGAGUACUGAGUCUACAGAACAACUCACUAACCGGACCCAUUCCUGAUCUUUCCGGGCUUGUCAAUCUCAAAUCUCUCUUUCUUGAUCAUAAUUACUUCACUGGUACUUUCCCUCCUUCAAUCUUGUUCCUUCAUCGCCUAAAAACCUUGGAUUUAUCUCACAACAACCUCACUGGACAACUACCAAAAGGUUUAACUUCCCUUGACCGGUUAUACUCUCUGCGUCUUGAUUUGAACUGGCUUAACGGUUCGAUUCCUCCCCUGAAUCAAUCCUCUCUUCAAACAUUCAAUGUUUCAGGAAACAACCUGACUGGUGCCAUACCAGUAACACCAACAUUAUCACGUUUUAAUAUCUCAUCGUUUUUAUUUAACCCUGGGUUAUGUGGCGAGAUCAUACACAAAGAAUGCCACCCCAGCCCACCCUUUUUUGGUCCAUCAACGGCUGUUACGGCGGCACCCCCUCCAGCUAUUGUUCUUGGCCAAAGUGCACAAGUACGUGGUGUUGAGUUAACUCAACCCAGUCCAAAGAAGCACCAGAGAACGGUAGUGAUUAUUGGUUUUUCAUCCGGGGUCUUUGUUUUAAUAGCUUCACUCCUGUGUUUUGUAAUGGCCAUGAAAAAACAGAAUAAGAGAAAGACUAGCAAAUCAACGGCUAUGAUGACACCUGAUGAUGCGGCGGCAACUGCGCAAGCAGCAGCUAUGAUUCAAAUUGAACAAGAGAAUGAGUUGGAAGAGAAGGUGAAGAGAGAUCAAGGAAUGCAAGUGGCCAAGAGUGGGAAUUUAGUAUUCUGUGCGGGUGAGGCACACUUGUAUACGCUGGACCAGCUGAUGAGAGGUUCUGCUGAGUUGCUAGGUAGAGGAACCAUGGGGACCACGUACAAAGCAGUGUUGGAUAACCGUCUGAUUGUUUGUGUGAAGAGGCUUGAUGGUACUAAAUUAGCAAGUACAAGCAAAGAAAUGUAUGAGCAGCACAUGGAGUCAGUGGGUGGACUGAGGCAUCCAAAUCUUGUUCCACUCAGGGCAUACUUUCAGGCCAAGGAAGAAAGGCUCCUUAUAUAUGAUUAUCAGCCCAAUGGCAGUCUCUUCUCCCUCAUACACGGGUCAAGAUCAACAAGAGCAAAGCCACUUCACUGGACUUCAUGCUUAAAAAUAGCAGAGGAUAUAGCACAAGGACUCUCUUAUAUCCACCAAGCAUGGAGGCUAGUCCAUGGCAAUCUCAAGUCCUGUAAUGUCCUGCUUGGUCCUGAUUUCGAGGCCUGUCUUGCUGACUAUUGCCUUGCAGCUUUGUCCAAUUCACCUCCGGAAGAUGACCCUACUAACCUACCGUAUAAAGCCCCAGAAACCCGUAAUGCAAGUCACCAAGCGACUGCUAAGUCAGAUGUUUAUGCAUUUGGGGUUUUGUUGGUUGAGCUUUUAACAGGAAAACCACCAUCACAGCACCCAUUUUUGAUGCCUAAUGAUAUGAUGAAAUGGAUGAGAUCACAUAGGGAAGACCAUAGUGGGGAAGAUGAUAGGUUAGGUAUGCUUAUGGAGGUGGCCAUUGGUUGUAUAUCAACGUCGCCUGAGCAAAGGCCCACUAUGUGGCAAGUCUUGAAGAUGUUACAGGAGAUUAAAGAGGCUGUAUUAAUGGACGAAGGUGAAUUGGACCCACAUACUGGAAUGUCCUAGUUAUUAUUUUUGUAGAACGCCAUUUCCAUUUUCAUGUCCAUGGUUAAUGCAUUAAGAAAAAGAUAUAGACAUAUAGUAGAUGAAAACCAAGUUCGGCGUACUUUUAGUUGCUUUAAUUCCGACAUUACUUUGACUACUUCUUUCAUUACUUUGGUAUGGUUUCUACAAUUAUUAUGGUGGGUGUCCAUCCUUUU